GCUUCAUCGUGCUCUGCUCUCUUGUUGUUUGAAGAUUUAAAAGCUCGUCCUAUCUUCUUUCGCUUUCUUUCUGAGUGCUGACAUUUCCUCUGACGACCGACGUUUUUGAUCUGUGUGCGUGACUCUGAGAGAGAGAGAGAGAGAAGAAUGGUGUCUUUAGUUCUUCUAAUGAACUCGAAUAAGCUGUUGCCUGCUCUUGUCUUUCUUCUCGUGCUGAAUUGCUUCGUGGAUUUCAGAUCUCAAUCCCAAGUCUUACCGGAUGAUGAAGUGGAAGCAUUGCGUAUAAUAGGGAACCGCUUGAAUAAGAGAGACUGGAAUUUCAACGUUGAUCCGUGUAGCGGCAGCUCAAGUUGGGUGACAAACACGACAGAGGUGAAGGGUUGGGGAGGCAUUGCCAACAACGUUACUUGCAACUGUUCCUUUGUCAAUAUCAACACCACUCACUGUCACGUCAUCAGCAUCGUUCUCAAAGGUCAGAAUUUAUCAGGAGUUCUCCCGCCAGAGUUGGUGAAGCUUCCAUACCUCCAAGAAAUUGAUCUCACUCUCAACUACCUUACCGGUAGAAUACCUCCACAAUGGGGUGCCAUGCAAUUGGUGAAUAUCUCUGUUUUCGCAAACCGAUUAUCAGGUCCAAUCCCAAAAGAACUCGCAAACAUCACCACUCUCAGAGUUCUAAAUCUCGAGUCCAAUCAGUUCUCUGGAUUUAUUCCUACAGAGCUCGGGGAUCUGACCAACAUAGAGAAAUUGAUGGUUAGCUCGAAUAAUUUCACAGGGAGGCUGCCUGAAACACUUGCCAAGCUGACCAACUUGAAAGAAUUUUGGAUGAACGAUAACCAAUUCACAGGAAAGAUACCCAGUUUUAUAGGAAAUUGGACAAAGCUUGAAAAACUUUCCAUACAGGCAAGUGGUUUGCAAGGUCCAAUUCCUCCCCAAGUUUCUCUUUUGACAAACUUGACAGAUUUGUAAGUAAAGGUUAACU